UGGACUACCGAAACACCCUGUAUACAGACAGAGCGUUUCAAAUAUUAUGCGCUGAAAAUGCUAAGAAUUUUUCAGUGAAGCAAGCCGCUUUUACGUUGCAAUAUUUUAUGGAAUUCUUUGACUGUUUCAUGGACAAAGUAUUUUCGUAAAAGAACCCAUGUUUUGUGAUGAUGUUCUCUUAAAUUCCUGAGUAUAGAAGUGAUGUUUGUAAGUUUCAGUAGAAUAAAAAUAAACAAAGGAAAAAUGUAAUUAAAUUUGCUGAGUUUUAUUGUAGUAGUUGUUAAUUAAAGUGGUAUAUCUGGCUUCAAUAGCAAACUCAGUACAGUCAUCGUUUGCUCCUGCAUAUAAAGGUAGCAUUUGAAAUCUUCACCUAAAAUUUCGAUCUUUUAAUAAACACAAAUCAAGAGCCAUCGUAAAAAAAAAGACCAAAAAUAAAACGUAACAAUAUAUCGUCCUAAAAUAAAAGCAUCGAUGGAACUACAACGAAAAAGGGAAAAUAAAAACGACCCGUUUCCAUUCCGUCAAGUGUCCAUUCCCCCGCAUUCCUUAUUCAACAACGUCCGAAAAUUAAAGGCGCUUUUACAAGAAAUCGCACUCAGACUACGACGUUUCCGAACGCAACCCGCCUGAAAUAUUUCCAACGGAUCUCAUUCGAGUACUCUUAUUUACCUCCGACAACACAACUAUAGCGACUUAUAUCACGAACACACUGCCUGUAUUUGUUUUUUCCAUUACAAAAGAACGGAACGCCCUGCGCUCGCUAUAGCAAUAAUAUUUCAAUAUCGCGACGUGGGUGCCAACCCUAGACGCUUCCAAAGUGAUUUCUCUGCGCUCCGAUUGGUCGGCGGGAAGCGACGAGGAAUGCGUUCGAUAUCCAAAACACGCGCGCGACAGAGAUAGAGUCACCGUCCCGACCCACCUAACACGCAAGACGAAACGAGACAAAAGUAGUUAGGUCAGUAUAUGAAUAUUGUAUGAAUGGGAAAGGUCCGUAUCAAUAAUACGUGCACGAAUGAAAUAAUAGAUUAUUCGUUUGUUCAAAUCGAACGUAAACAAAAUGUAAGCAUCCAUUACUGAUGCACGCGUGCAAAACAAGCGAGAAGCUCCGGCGUUGGGCGUGCGUUAGAGAGGGACAGCUAUAUUUCUUCUCGUCGAGCUUUCCGCGGAGCAGGGCCGGCAACAAUGUGAACACUAUCUGUUUUUGUACCAGUCGUCGGUCGGUUUCCACAUUAAACGAUCAUUUUAAGGGCGAACCAAUCAAACUGCAAAUUUAUACAAAUUGAUACUAAACGGGUUAUAUUAAUUUUAUAACAAAAAUUAAGUGUGUAAAUAAGUUUGAACGGAGUCGUAAUUAAAACUAAUUGGGUUUAAUAUAGCGCUAAUUAUUUUGUAUUAAGGCGGGUUUUCGCUGGAAUUUUGUCCUUUUGACGUUUGACGUGAGUGUUGGAUUUUUUUUUGUGCAUCGAGAAAGUGGACUUGUGUUUGGUUUUGUAUGAAGAUGCUGUUUCGUUCGGUGCGGGAUUGUCUGGUCCAGUGAGUGGCAGUCGCAGCCAUUGGUUUGUGCGGUUGUGUUGAGGACGAUGCCGAUAUAGGGGGCGGCCAGGGUUGGCCCCUAGAGGCCAUGCUCAACAACCUCACCGCGACAGCUUUGGGAGGUCACAAAGAGUCGUGCUCGGAGGACAGCAAGCCGCACGAGAUCAAGCCGAGUCUCGAGCGGCCGCACCAUGCGCUGGGCCCGCGGCUACACAUCGCCCACAAUAUACGGACUGAGCACCUGCAAGGUGGCAUCCAUCAACAACACAGCGGGGGGCACAUGGCCACAGUGCCAGUCAGCAUGUCAUCAUCAGCAUCAGAUAGCGACAAGCCUGCUAAGCAGAAGAGGCAUCGGACGAGGUUCACACCGGCACAACUGAAUGAAUUGGAGAGAUGUUUCUCCAAGACACAUUACCCUGAUAUCUUCAUGAGAGAAGAGAUCGCAAUGAGGAUCGGACUCACAGAAAGUAGAGUACAGGUUUGGUUCCAAAACCGCCGAGCCAAGUGGAAGAAACGUAAGAAGAGCACCAACGUGUUCCGUUCUCCUGGCGCCCUGCUGCCUUCACACGGUCUACCGCCGUUCGGGGCUGGUGACGUCUGCGGGCCCGGGGUGUUCGCCGAUAGACCUUGGUCGAUGCCAGCUGGUCUCGGUCAGCUCUCCCAGGGCGGCGUCUCCAUGGGCGGGUUCGGGGCGGGCGGCCUCCCGCAGCUCGCCGCCGACCUGAACCCCUCACUACCCAUCAGCUCCGUCGCCUCAGGCCAACCCUACCAGGGGCAUUACCCGCUCAACUCACUUGGUGACACGAUGAUGUCAUACUGCAACAACAUAAGUCAGCAACAGCAGCAGUCCGGCGCGCUCGAGGGGUCUCCCACACCGCCGCACAUGCACUGCGCAAACAACAACGCGUCACCCACCGCCUCCGGUAACGGUGGAGAGCCUCCUGAAGAGGAGGUGUGGCGCGGACACAGCAUCGCUGCACUAAGGCGGCGAGCGUCCGAGCUGUCGGCUGCGAUCCCGCCAUACCUGCAGCUCAACUACGACGCACACAGCCCGGUCUACUGACCGCAUAACCCUGUCUACAGACCCUUCGGCCCCGUUUGAUCACGUUGUUCGUUGCACUGUUUUG